AUGGCGCACGCGCGCGCGACGGCGACGCGAGGCGCGAUGACGACGGCGCGCGCGUCGACGCGACGCGCGCGCGCGACGCGCGCGGUCGCGCGCGCGACGAACGCGCGCGGGACGGGCGUCGGGACGGCGCGGCGCGGGCGACCGCGGAAGGAGAUCGCGCGCGGCGACGCGGACGGGGUGCGGGAACUGCUGGCGACGAUCGAGGUGCGGUUUCCCGAGGUCGUGGCGAGCGGGGGGGAGGGCGCGACGCCGGGAGGAGGCGGGACGAGGGCGACGAAGCGCGGCGACGACGAGGACGACGCGGAGGCGAGCGCGGAGACGGCCGCGGAGACGCGCGCGGAGGAGGAGGCGCGACGGACGUCGAUGGCGGCGUCGAAGGUGGGUGAACGGCGGAGCGCGGAGUCGAGGAAGAAGAUCGCGGCGGCGCAGCGCGAGCGGUGGCGCGCGGCGCGCGCGGCGGCGGGCGCGGCGGCGACGUCGUCUUUGGCGGAGAUCGCGGAGAGUUCAACCGUGAAGAAUGCGGGGACGGCGCAGCAAAGACAGCAAGCGGCGGAGAGGGAGCGCACGGCGAAGCUGACGAAGCUGAUCGCGAUGAAAAAGUCGACGACGCGGGCGGAGAAGGUUGCGUCGUCCACUGUCAAGGUGAAUCAGUUUUCGUACGAACUCAGCGCGUACACCAGGCUCAGGAACGAGCUCGCGAGCUGGAGCGAUGGAUUCGAGCAGGCCAAGGGUCGUCGACCGAAUUUUAAGGAUGUGCAGAACACGCGCAUUCCUUGGUUGAUUGAAUCGUUUCAAGAGUACGUUCGCCUGCGCAACAAGCUCAUCUCCGAGACGCCAAACAUUCGAGGGGAGGUUGGCAAAUUAGCAAAAGCCACGCUCCCUGCGCCGAGAUCUGUGCCCAAGGGGGAGCUGCGUCUAUCCAUCGACGACGACGACGUCGGGGCGACGACUAGGCGCGGCGACGACGAAGACGGCGACUCAAACUGGUCCAUUUUCAACUUUACGCGUUGA